AACGAAACGGCGGACAGAUUUGAAAGGGAUUACAAUUUUUACCGUGCCAUGCAGGUGAGUGACGUGCUCUCAUGACUUAAGGUUUAUGGUUACUGAUUACCUUCUUAGGCCAAUAAUAUGACUUUUUAUGAUGUCAGUAAGAAUGUUCGUAAACGUAGGGCCACUGUGAAUUUGUCAGCUUCCCUUGGUUGUCACAGAACCACUUAUAAUAGGAGGUGGAAAAGAAUGAGAGCUGCUUUAAUGAAAAAAUAUGACUUCCUUUCGUUCAGUGAGUUUGCUAAUGAAAGCACUCUAAAAGAAGUAAAGACGGAUAUCAAUUGUAAUGACGGUACUUCAACUGUAACACCAAGCACUAACAACAUCAACCAAAGGCUUGAAGACAACAGUGGAUCUCCUGAAGUGGACUUGUGCUCUCAUAAUUUCGUAAAUCGCAAACAACUGAUGAACGACUUCAUGAUGUAUCUAGUGUCAAAUACAUCUCUCAGCAUAAGAGAUGCUGAUCGGGUUUUGUAUGGUUUACGAUUUCUUAUCCCGGACAUACCGAAAAGCAUAAGAGGUGUCCUAAAGACGUGUCCAAGUGUUCAACCAAAGUUUAUCGGCAGUGGGGUUUAUUACCAUCUAGGAUUGAAAACCAACACCUCAACGGAUGAAAACACUUUGCCACUUAACACUGAGAAGCCAAAAAGAGGUGUAAUGAAGCGUAAAGAAGAUUUUCUCUACAAUUCAGUCGACAUGGAUGUGGCUGAGAUGCAGGCUAAGAAUGUCCCCGUACAAUAUCCCAAAUUCCGUGUUUUCGAAAAAUUCAUAUCGCCGAUCGCCAAUUCGACACAAUUAGAGACAUCACCUUCGACAUCGGAAUGUAAGCAUGUUGGUGGCGCUAUAGUGGACCAGUAAGUAACCUGCAUCAUGUAGUGACCUUUUUCGGCAGUGAAAGAUUGUGUACACUGGUGCUGAACAUGUCGUCAGCUAUCAGUGAACUGACAAAAACGAUUAACAACAUGUCGUCCGCCGUUAUUGACUUGAAUGCUAAUGUAAACCAAUUGCUAUCGAAGUUUCAUGAACGCGAAAAACCGCAUCGAUUCGAUUGCGGACUGUCCAGUCAGCAGUUUCCUUUGUCAUCUGAAGAGGAACUGCAGAUGCUGGAUACCAGUUUGUCGCAGAAAGAAACCAGGGACAGAUUUGUAAGUCAUUAACAUAAAUUUAAUUAUUUGUGACGAUUACAGAUGGCAAUGGUCACUAGAUUAUCAAGUGACGACCCAAAAGCGUCCAUGCGGUUUGUUCUGUCGUAUCUGUUGACACCUAAGGUUGCCAGUAAAUUCACGUUACUUGGCACCUCUUCGAAACGAGCACUGCAGAAAUGCACGUUUUACGGCUGCAUUCGAAGUAACCUUUAUCUAUUACUUAAACUUCAGGUGCUUUGACUCAUCGCUUUUUGUCAUCCUCUGUCAACGAAAAAGACCUUGGUAAGCUCUACGACAUCGCGACCCAAGGUUACUUUCACGACAUCCGAGACAAGAUGAUAAAACGUAAUAAGAGAAAAGAUAACCAGGUAUGUACUGAUUCAAAGUGAUAACCUCCCUACGGCUCUAUAGUUACAGUCAAUAAUAUUAACGAACAUAACCGUAAGUUCAGCUUCAAGUAUUUGGCUGUGCCAAAGCAUAUCAUUGAGAUAUGGUUGUGACUUUUUUUUUAAAUUCAGAAUUCACAGGACGACUACCACAAUUCCGAAUAGUCCGUGCAAUUGUUUUGAUGUUCUACCUCGAUGUCAAUAAACAUUGUUCUUUCAAACAGCUUACUUUUUUACUUACUUGGGAAACUGUUGAGAGUGUGUGUUUGACUUUCAGUGAACUUUUGAUUAAAUGGACAUUCCUUAUGAAUAAAACAUAGCCUGUUCCUUCUUUUUCAGAUAAUUUUCAAUAACAAUGAAU